GGCCCGGAAGGAACGCCGGCCGGGUCACGUGAUGCCGUUCUCGCAACCCCGCAGUCAGGGAAAAACAUGCGAGCGGCGGCGGUUCCUUGGGCCGGCCUGGCUCUCCUCUGGGCGGCGGGCUUCUGCGCGGGGGACGCCAAGGGCUACCGGAGGAGGGUUUCUUUGGAGUAUAAUCCAGGCUGGGCCAGCUCCCCCGUAAAUCUACUACACACCCGCGCGGUGGGCCUCAACGACACACUUCACUACAUCUGGAGCACCAUCGGGGUCCCCACGGUGUUGUUGGUGUACACCGCAAGCGACAGCAGCUCCCUUCGCGUCAACUGGACCCAGCUCCUCUCGUCUUCCCCAGCUGGAGCCAUCCGGAUCGAUCCAGCCGACAGUGUCUUAUAUUCCACGGCGGUGGUCUUUCCAAGGCUGUGGGAAUACGACGGCAGCAACACGUCGGACCUCUCCCUGGUCAAGGCGGGGCAGGUCUACCCCAGCUACAACCUGGCCAACUUCACCUGGGCCAGCCUGGAUGGACGGAUGAACGAAACGACCCUCAGCGCCGACUUCCAAGGCUCCGCCCAGGAAGGCGCCUUCAGGAACGGAAGCGUCUCUUUCAAGGUGAAGGCGUAUGAGGAGGGCAGCCGUGACCAGCCUCUCCCGCGCCUUCUCCACAGCGCCAACACCACCAAGGUGGAGUUUGCCAUGGAGGGCGUAGCGCCUCGAGGAAACCACUCCUGUUUCGCCCUGGAGAUCCUGACGGUGGAGGAGGGAAGCCGGCGGAAGCAGCUGCAGUCGGCCCGCUCCAUCGAUGAUGAAUAUACCCCGACCAUUUUUGAGAUGGUCCAACUCAUCUCCGAGCCCCACAACCACAGCCUGGGCUCCAGCUUCCUGCAGUGGAAAGCGGCCGCCUACAGCUCUAAGAACCCCCAUCGGGAAGACACCGUCCACUGUCAGUAUUACCCCCUCCAGGCGGUCGGCACCCUCGGUCCCGAGUUCAGGAUUCUCCGAGCUUACUUUGGGGAAGACGUCGCAAGACGCUGCAGCCUCUCUGCCCUUAAUAUCUCCUUUGGCAGCGAGGACAAUGAAGCCUACAAGGAAAAGGGCUACUUGAGCUGGUCUGCCUUGGUGGGCUUUGGGGAGCCCCAGAGAGAGGGCUUCUCCCUGCUGGUCAUCGUGAUCCUUGCUGUGGCGCUGGGCACGCCGGUGGUGCUUCUACUGGUGGGGAGCCUGGCGAUGCUCACCAGACAGCAGAAGCCGUGUUCGGACUACGACCCCAUCAACUAACCGGAAAGCCCGAAGCGGCCGCAUCUCCGGAAACCGAAUUAACGGACCACCGAGCUUCCUUUGGCGAUUUUGGCAAAGGUGUCCGUCUCGGCUGCCCCCGUGGGGUGGGGUUUCUUUAUACUUUUGCCCCCAAAGGGGGUAGAAUUCAUCUCAAUAAGAAAAGGAAAUCAGGGUUGUGGAAGAUGGGACAUGUUCUCCGUUGCUUCUGCUUGCACCGACAAAGUUUUUGUGGGUCGCUGGGACGAAGAACCACAAUUGGGGUCGAGCAGGAACGCGACUUGAUUUUACGGUUUAAGGCAGUGUUUCUCAACCUUGGCCACUUGAAGAUGUCUGGACUUCAACU